AUGGCUGGCUUGUUUUGCGAUGAUCCUCAUUGCAUUGGCCUACAUCCCUUGAACAGUGUCAAGACUAGAAGUUUAGCAAGUCCCAGGCGUUCAAUUAGAAAUUCGGGGCGAAAUAGUGAACGGCGCAAUAGUAGCGGAGGAGUAAAAAAGCGAGAGAGUACCAUGAUGAAAGCUUCGACUUUGGUUUUGGUGCUCUUGGUUGUAAUUUUGCUUUCAUCUGUGAGACUUUCCUUUGGAUAUCCAAAAAUAUUGAAAAAGAUAUCAGCAAACGGAAAAUCUUCAUUGCAAUCGCGGGGAGUGUCAUCCGAUGGAGAUGAACAUCAAGGCUUAGACACAGUCAAAGAACCGAAAACGCUUCCAUGCUUGCAUUCGUUUUGUUUAGAAUGCCUUGACAAACACGCUGGAUACGCAAGAAGACAGGGAAAAACGAUGAUCAAAUGUCCGGUGUGCUUGGCUGACUUCAACAUUCCAAAAAGUGAUACGUUCUCUGAUUUACCCACGUCGUUUCAUCUCAAUCGACUGGUGGAUAUUUUAGCCCUAAAAGAUGAUAGCGUGCAGAUUCAGACAUGCAAUAGCUGCGAUGAUAACAGCGCUGUAACUUCGUAUUGUUUUGUUUGUCAAAGCUUUCUCUGUGCAACUUGUCUUGAAGCGCAUCAACGCCUGAAGGCGACUAGGGGUCACCGAAAUGUUUUGAUCGAGAAAUUGCAAGCGCAAGAUGUCGAAGAAUUGAUUCACCGACCUGUCAUGUGCACCCAGAAGUAUCACGAAAACGAAUCACUUGAGUACUUCUGCAAAGAUUGUAACACUUGUGUCUGUAUGAAGUGUGGAUUCGUAAGUCAUAGUCGUCACACAAUGUUAGAUAUUCAACAAGCAGCGGAAGAAAGAAAGGUUGAAAUUACAAAAGCCGUAGACAAAGCAAAGGCGGAGAUUGGUGUUGUGCAGAGAAAAAUGGAGAGACAAAAAGAAUUCAUGAAGAAAAGCACCGACGAAAUGCUUGCUGCUGAAAGUAAAGUCACGGCUAUCGUGGACGAACUUGUCCGAAUUUUAAGGGAACACGAAGCUGCUGUGAAGAAAAGAUUAAUUGAAAUCAGAGAAGCACAGCAAAGAGAUCAUGCGACUCGAACAGAAGAGUUUCAGUUAACAGUUUCCCAACUCAAUGGAUUUGUUGAACGCGGAAAUGCUAUCCUAAACCGAAACAUACCCUCUGAAAUGAUACGAACAGAGCUGACCGUCACAAGUCGGCUAGAAGAACUUUCGAAAGCGGCGGAAGUAAUGAUCCUUCAGCCACUUCAUUUUAGCUAUGUUGCAAACGAGAAACUUGAAAAAUAUAGGACCAUUAUGGAAAAUUCAGGUCCAGGCAAAGUUAUUGCGAGUUUAACCGAUCCUGCACUAUCGUUAGCGGGAUGUGAACCAAAAGUUUUGGACACAAUGAAACCAUGUAGCGAAGUGGUUUUCAAAUUAACAACGAGAGAUUCAGACGGAAAUCAGAUUUACAAUAAAGAAGACAACGUGACCGUGUCCAUCCACCCUCCAUCCGAAGUAGAAGAGGAAAAGAUAAUCAAGAAUUUUAAAGACGGAAAUUACAGCAUUUCUGUUUUCCCAAAAUUCGUCGGUGAUCAUGACAUAUGGAUUGAAGUGAACGGGAUACCGCUGACACGGAAAGUAACCAUUGCGCAUGAAUACAACGUUACCCAGCAGACGUUCGAUUUGCGAGGAAGAGAGAAUUUUAACUUUCCGUGUAGUAUUGCCCAAAGCGAAAGGACAGGAAAUAUUGCAGUGGCAAAUUAUGGUAGUGAGAAGGUAUUAUUGUUUGAUGCUGGUUUCAAGUACCUAAGAACUGUGGUGAAUUUAAGCCAAAAACAAAAACCAAGAUGCGUUGCAUUCUCAAAGGGCUGCGAAUUAAUAGUUGUUACCGAAGACUCCUCGAAGCAGGGCGAAAUUUUAAGCAAAGUUUCUGUGUAUACUGAAGAUGGAAAAUUCGUGAAACAUAUCAGCGAAGAUUUAGUUAACCCAUGCAGUGUUUCUGUCAGAAGUGAUGGUAAAAUAAUCGUGUGUGAUUCGGGUGAUCUAUGUAUCAAGCUCCUCUCCGCUGAUGGGGCAAUGUUGUUAAAGUCUUUCAGAUUAGAAAACUUUGACGCUUUCCCAUGGUUUGCUGUUUACCAUAGAAAAAAGUAUUUUGUGUCGUAUCGUAUGGGUCCUUGUGUGAAGGUUUUCAACGAGCAGGGGGAGUAUUUGCGUGAUUUUGGACAGUUUCACUCUCCCGCAGGACUAGCGAUAGACAAGUUUAACAACCUGGUCGUAUGUAACGCAGUGCAGAGUGAUGAAGUGAGGAGUAGUGUUAAAGUACUUACAAUGAGUGGAAAAGUGGUUCAGGACUUAGGUUUUCAAUCCAUGUCAUCUAUGCCUUGCUCUGUCGCUGUCACUCAAAAUGGUGAUGUGCUCGUUUCUGAUGUAGAAAAGCAUGCCAUUUACAUCUUUCGCUAUUUAGGACUUAAAGCUUGGAGUAAACGGGUUUUAAAUUCGUAGCUGUAGAAUGUGUAUAACUCCAAAUAAAGGACAGUGAAAUA